AUGAAAGUUUCAAAAGACUUUAAGUUUUAUUAUAGUAGGGAUAUUCCAAUAAAAUAUAAAAUUAAAUUAUGUACUUUAGAAGGGAAAAGGAAUAAAGAGAAUGCCCCAGAAACUGUAGAUAAAUGGAUUGAAAAAAAAUAUUUAAAAUAUUCAUCCCUUUAUAGAGAUACAACAAUCGAUUUAUAUAUAACAUGUACUUUAUAUUCAGAUGGUAAACAAUUAAGUACAUCAGAACAUACAUCAUAUAAUCCAUUUUCAGUUUCAAAUAAAUGGGAUGAAACUAUUAUAUUUCCAUUAAAACAUCAAGAUUUACCAUUUGAUACAAUGAUAGUUAUAACGAUAUGGGAUAUAUAUUCACCAAUGAAAAAAGUACCAAUAGGUGGUACAUCAUUUAAUAUAUUUGGAAUGAAUAAGAUUGAAAGAAAAGGUAAACAUAAAUUAUUAAUUUGGCAAGAUAGAGAAGGUGAUGGUGAAAAAGAAACUACUACACCUGGACAAAUUCAAGGAAAAGAUGAACAAUAUCGUUUAGAGAAAUUAAAAAAGAAAUAUGAUAGAAAAUUAAUAAAUCAUUGUCAAUGGUUAGAUAAAUUUUCAUUAAAUGAAAUUGAAAGACUUUCAAGAGCAUCAGAAUCAUUAAAUAAAAAUCAAAUUUAUUUAACAAUUGAAUUACCAGAAUUUGAAUUACCAAUUUUAUUUAAACAACAAAACUGUCCAUUAUAUAUACCAUUAUCACAAACACAAAAGAAAUCAUUAGUAUUGAUUAAUGAUAUAGAGAUGGAUGAACAUCCAUCAGAGCAAAAGUAUCAUAGAUUGAAUUUAUAUGAUCAUAAAGAUUUGAAACCAAAUUCAACUGAAUUGAAAGGUUUAACCGAUAUAUUGAAACAACCACCAAAUACCAAGGUAACGAGUAAGGAGGCUUUGUUAAUUUGGAGAUUUAGAUAUUAUUUAACUAAUAAUAAAAAGGCGUUAACUAAAUUCCUAAGAUGUGUAGAAUGGAGUGAAUCACAUCAAAAGAAUGAAGCACUUUCAAUAAUGCCAAAAUGGGAUCCAAUAGAUAUUGCAGAUUCGUUGGAAUUGUUGUCAUCGGCAUUCACCCAUAAGAAUACUAUAAUGGUUAGAAGAUAUGCUGUUGAAAUUCUAAAGAAAGCAGAUGACGAAGAGUUGUUAUAUUAUUUACUCCAAUUGGUGCAAGCUACAAAGUAUGAACAAUUUGAUGGCAAUCCAUCGGAUUCACCAUUAAUUUCAUUCCUAUUUGAGAGAUCAAAUAAGAAUUUCAUAUUGGGUAGUCAUUUCUAUUGGUAUUUAACAGUGGAUUCGGUAUUGAAGAGUAGUAUAUUCUGUUCACAUUAUAAAACAUUACAAGAGUUGUACUUUCGUCAAUUGGAUCAUACAGAUGCUCAAAGAGUUAAUGCUCAGAAUAAAUUCAUCUCAAGAUUAUCAUUGCUAUCGGUGGAAUUGAAAGCAAUGAAUAUCACAAGAGAGAAGAAAAUUGAAAAACUUAGAAUAAUGUUGGCUGAAGGUGAAUAUAAAGAUUUAUCAGAUUUUCAACCAAUUAGGUUACCUGUGAAUCCAGAUAUAGAGAUCAUUGGUAUCGUACCAGAGAAAUCAAAUAUUUACAAGAGUGCUAAAUCACCAUUGGGUCUAAAGUUACGUACGACCAAGGGUGAAGAGUAUGGUGUUAUCUUUAAAACUGGAGAUGAUUUACGUCAAGAUCAAUUAAUCAUUCAAUUGAUUUCACUAAUGGAUAGAUUAUUAAAAAAGGAGAAUUUAGAUCUAAAAUUAACACCUUAUAAAGUUUUGGCAACCGCUGAAGAGGAUGGUAUCGUUGAAAUGGUGAAUCCAUCAGAGGCGAUGGCUUCAGUACUAAGUAAAUACGAUGGUGACAUAUUGAAAUUCUUUAAAACUCAUAAUCCUGACGCUGAUUCACCCUAUGGUAUCGCACCAGAGGUUAUGGAUACCUUUGUAAAGAGUUGUGCUGGUUAUUGUGUAAUCACCUAUAUUCUUGGUAUUGGUGAUAGACAUUUAGAUAAUCUUUUAUUAACUCCAAAUGGUAAAUUAUUCCAUAUCGAUUUCGGUUACAUUCUUGGUAAAGAUCCAAAGAUAUUACCACCACCAAUGAAACUUUGCAAGGAAAUGGUCUUGGGUAUGGGUGGUGAAAAUAGUAAACACUAUGAAAAAUUCAAACAACUCUGUUGCGAAGCUUAUAAUAUCCUCCGUAAAUCUUCUCAUUUAAUACUCAAUCUUUUCGCUCUCAUGGUUGAUGCUUCAAUACCUUCAAUUUCUGAUGAUAAGGAAAAGAGUAUCUUAAAGGUUCAAGAGAAAUUACAAUUAGAACUCACUGAUCAAGAAGCUUCAAACUCUUUAUUGCAAUUACUAAAUGAUUCUGUUACUGCUUUAUUCCCUGUAAUCAUUGAAAUGGCUCAUAAAUGGUUACAAUAUUGGAAAGCUUAA